CUUCUUGAUAACGAGAAUCACACUCAGCUAUCUGCACCUCAGGCACGCCACCACAUCAAGACCUUUGACAGUCACUGAGAUUAUGGCUGACUUCAGUGUGUUCUUGAUGGAUUAUUAACUAAGUGAACUAAUCUUUAUAGACUCCAAAAACAUCACAGUCGACAAGAUCCCUGCCACUUGAAGGAAGUGUUAGUUAAAGGAUCUUGUUGUUUUUCUAUCAGGCAUACCAGUUGUGGCAAAACAGAGGACUCUAACCCUGAAUUCGUUGGAUGUUUUUCUCUGUUGAAGGUUUAAAAUGACACUUUGGUAACGUACAUUUACAACUGGAUCUAAUACAAGUUGGAGGAAAUUUAAGAGGACAGACCUUCAGCAGAUUACACAAUAGAGAGCUUCUUCUGCUGAAAUAACCAUGGUUGGUACAGGCGGCCCAGUGGCCACUUUCUCUGUGUGGGAUUAUGUGGUGUUUGCUGGAACUAUUAUAGGGGCAGCUGGUAUCGGGCUUUUCCAGGCGAUCAGAGGCCGUAAGGAUUCCAGCAGUGCCGAGUUCCUGCUAGGUGGACGACAAAUGACAGCUGUGCCAGUUGCCAUGUCGCUUACUGCUAGCUUCAUGUCUGGCAUCACAGUCAUUGGUACUCCAGCCGAGUCUUACCGGUUCGGAGCUGCAUUCUGGCUCUUCGGCUUCUCCUACACCAUCAUGUCCUUCAUCACUGCUGAGAUGUUUGUCCCUCUUUUCUACAGACUGGGGAUCACCAGCGCCUACGAGUACCUGGAGUUGCGCUUCAGCCGGCCCAUUCGAAUAAUUGGAACAACCAUGUACAUCGUGCAAACGGCUCUGUACACCGGCUUGGUCAUCUAUGCUCCAGCUCUGGCACUAAAUCAGAUCACAGGACUUGAUCUGUGGGUGCUGGUGGCUACAGGAGCAGUGUGCAUCCUCUACUGCACUUUAGGCGGUCUGAAAGCAGUAAUCUGGACCGACGUGCUGCAGAUGGUGAUCAUGCUGGCAGGUUUUGUGGGUAUCGCCAGAGGAGCCGUACUCCAGGGAGGCCUGACGAAGAUCUGGGAAGAUGCGGGCCAAGGAGGCCGACUCGAGGCGUUCGAUUUUGACCCUGAUCCCCUCAAGCGACACACUUUCUGGACUAUUGUAAUCGGUGGCAGCAUCAUGUGGGUGUCCAUCUACUCCAUCAACCAGUCCCAGGUGCAGCGCUACAUUUCCUGCAAGACUUUGGGACACGGCCAAGAUGUGAGUGAUACCGCAUAGCAUUGCAAACAGUCUUUGUACGUCAACAUGGUAGGCCUGUGGGUAACCGUGAGUCUGGCUGUGUUUUCUGGCCUUGUCAUGUACUAUUACAAGAAUUGUGACCCACUUAAAAACGGUGACGUGACCACCCCUGACCAGCUGCUGCCCUACCUUGUGAUGGACAUUCUGGCGGACUACCCUGGGAUCCCUGGCUUGUUUGUGGCUGCUGCAUACAGUGGGACUCUGAGCACCGUGUCUUCCAGCAUUAACGCCCUCGUUGCUGUCACUGUGGAAGACUUCAUCCUUCCUGUGUGCAAAACUCUCACACAGAAACCAACGUGGAUGAACAUGGGCUUGAGUGUGUUUUUCGGUGCUGUUUGUAUCGGGAUGGCUGGAGUGGCCUCAUCAAUGGGAAGCAUUCUGCAGGCAGCUCUGUCCAUAUUUGGAAUGAUUCAGUGGGCCUCUUCUUGUCUUUACCUAUUAGGCAUGCUUUUUUCCGCACACCAAUUCAGUGGACUUGUGGGAAUGAUCGUCGGACUAGUUUUGACCCUGUGGGUGGGGAUUGGAGGCCAGAUUUACCCACCAACUGCUGACAAGAACCCUCUACCUCUUAGCACCAUGGGCUGCAACAACACAAUGGAUCAGAACUACACAACGAUAGCUCCAUGGACGAGUCCAGGGCCGACACAACCCGAUGUCAGACCAGCUCUGGCAGACUCCUGGUACUCUCUUUCCUACGUCUACCUCUCUCUUUUGGGCAUGCUGACGACAAUGGUGAGUGGCCUGCUUGUGAGCAUGAUCACAGGUGGAUGCAAGCAGGAAAAGAUAAACCCUGAUCUGUUCGUGAAGAAGAGUGAUCUCUUCUGCUUCAACUGGUGUAGUAAAUCAGAGGAACCAGAGGUCAAAGAAAAGGAUCCUAAAGAUUUCUAUAUAGGAGCUGACAACCUGCCGUACAGAGACUUGGGCCUGAUGAAAACAGAUGUUGAAAAAGUCACCAAACUCUAAUGCUCCUAUGACAUUCAGAGAGACUGUUAAAAUGUGUGUACACAGACUGUAAAUGACAAGACGUUAUUAUAUGCAGCUAUAUCCCUGAGGUGCAUUUGAUUUGUUAGAAUACAUAAUUACAACUGAGUGCCAAUUAAUAUGUUUUUAAAAUAUUAAAUUUAGGCAGAAUAUUUUAGAUAUUUUAUUUGUAUUUUUUAAAUUAUGCACAUAAAUCUAGCUAUUAUUAGAAGUAAACUUUACAUUCAUAUAAUAACUCCAAGCUUUUCUUUCUCAUGUUGUUACCUCACCGAGCUUCUCAAACCACAGCUAACUUUUUUUUUUAAAUACCCAGAAUGAAAAUCGAACGUACGUGUCAGUUCAACAUACUCCCAUCGUUAACCUUGUAUUUUUAGCUGCUGAACAAUGAACAAUAGAGGAAAGGCAUUUCACAUAAACACACCUUUUGCUCUGUACUAAUUGAAUUGCUUCCACUUCCUGUUAAGCAGUAAUGUGACAGCACUGUUUUUACACUGAAUGCCCUUUGUUCAUUCGUCCUCCCUGAUAGCGGCUGCUGGCUCUUUAUUCUCCUCCUGAACAUUUAUUGUCCUCCUCAUGUGGACACACAGACAUGUUUGUUAUUCUACCAUAGGUGAUGAUGGUACUGUUGAAGGAACAAUAGCCAUGUGUUUUGGAGUAUUUGUGUACUACUUGAUUAUUUUUGUAUUAAAUUGGCACCUUUUUAUGUACUACCUGUAUAAAUUGUUCACAAAUUCU